CACUCGGGACGCGUAAAGCGGAGUGAGAUCAGGGAGCGGAGCGGAGCAGCACCGACCCACAGACUCCUGCAGAGGAGGACAGAUCCGGAGGAGAAGAGGAGCAGCGGCCGUGGUGGAUGUAGCUGGCGGCGUCUGGAGCGUUUUUUGCGGGGAAUGUGCGGCUCCUCCUCUGCGGCUCUGCAACUUUGUCAAUCUGUGCUCUCAUGGUGAGAGGAGGACGCAGAGGAUGGGAGUAACCUGGUCCUCCAAAUGCCUCACACUGCUUCUGGCUCUUCAUAUAGUAACCGUGUUGCAGACGGUGCUCGUCAGCGCUGGUCAAUGUGACUCAGUGUUUAAAGGUUUCUCAGACUGUCUCCUUCAGCUGGGGGACGACAUGGCCAACUAUCCCCAGGACCUGGACGACAGAGAGAACCUGCACAAGAUCUGCAGUUACUGGGAUAACUUCCAUUCCUGUGCCACGACGGCACUGGCCGACUGCCAAGAGGGAGCGACGGACCUCUGGGAAAAACUGAAAAAGGAGUCCCGCAACCUGAAUUUCCGUGGGAGUUUGUUUGAACUCUGCGGCGGAGGCAAUGGAGCCCCCAGAUCUGCCGACGCCAGGGGCCUCAGCUUGCUCCUAACCGCUCUGCCUACCAUACUGACUUGGCUGGCGUUUUAACAGAUAUGAGAAGAAACACAAAGUUAAAGAAAUAAAACACAAGAAAAUAUGUCCAACUGAGAAAAAAAAAAUGUAAGAAAAAGGUUGAUAGCUACUUCUCCAUCCUGAAAAUACAACCUCCAGGACUGAGUUUGCAUUCGUCACAAGAAAACAGAGCCAAAUUGGAUUUUUACUGCUUCAUCACAGUUCGGCAGGCGGGUUUGCCCCGUGGGACCUCUGCAGACCGCCAUCCUGGAGUCCUCAUCCAAUCACACGCAACCUCACCCAGAGGUCAAUAACAUGAAAUAUUCAACAUGUCGUUGACCUGAAAUGAAGACAAUGAUGAAAUUUUGAUGGGAACGUACAAUUGUGGAAUUACAUAGUAUUAAAGUCAGCCAUGCAUUAUUGAUGUGUAGUAGGCUAGGCCUUGACAGCAUUAUGUGACUGCUGGGUGCUGACACAGUAUCAGGCUAUAUAUUAGGGUUCCCGUAUAGCCUAAGGUACUAAUUCAUGUGUAAUGCAAGACCGAGCGUAACUCCACAAAAUCAAUAAGACAAGCCAAGGCAUUGAGCCCAUUUCAGACCCGUCGCCUCGUUUUCACUACGGACAGCUUUUCAUUUUUUUAAUGGCACCGAGUUGACUCAGCCGACCACGGUAGAUGUGAUGGUUUGAAUGCACAAUGGUGAUACAGCCCAACGUUUGCACUUGAGUUAGCCGUUACUGUGCAGAGGCCACGGUCACACCAUCCAUGAAGACGUCAGAAUGGGUUACACUGACCGUUUGGCUAAAUGUCCCGAUGCAAAGGUCAACCUAUAGAGACAGCAACAAACGCUGUGAUGACAGCAUUUACCUUUGACACGAGCAGCAUUACUAGCAUUCCAAUAUUAGACCGACAUUAUCGGGAAUUUACGCUAAAGCCACUUUAUGAAGCCAAUUACAAUUCACCAAACGUCAUUCUGCCAUUUUCUGGUGUGACCAUGGUCUUUUUAUAACCCGGAGGGUAUAGUUUGGCAUAAGGUUUACUUUUGGUGAAAUGUUUAUAAUUACGUUAAUUUGCAAGAAAACAGUUAAGAAAGUCUCAAAACAUUUCAGGAAAUGGGCAUAAAACCAUCAAACUAUCAUGUUUACAUGAUAUAUGAUGAGGAAACUCAAGUCAAAUUUCAGUUAGCAUGACUCCAGCUCAGCUAACCAGAGCUAAAUAUUGUUAAAAUAUGUAAUAAUUAGCCUGAGACUCAGUAGCAGCAUUUGUCUGAUUAACCUUUAGGGUCAGACAGUAGUUAUGUUGCCAUUCAUAAACAAGCUGACAUUUAAACCAGCUUCAGAGAAAACUGCUCAGCCUAGCAGUCAAGAUAAAUGUGCUAGCGUCUAAUUCUGAUAAUUUUUUUAUCAGAAGGUUACCUAAAGUACAAGAUUUCAAAUUAGGUCAGAAUAUUUUGAAAAAUAAGAUAAACCAGAUUAAUCUGUUUGAUUUACUGAUCAGGGCAGAAGGUAAACCAGAUUAUUUUAGGUUAGCAACACUUUGAAAUAGCAGCUAAUUUAGUUAAAUUAGGAGAGGAAAUUAGCAUGUAGCUCAAUUAGAUUAAUGUAGCAUGUUUGCUAAACACCACAGCUAAAUUAGUUAACUAUCUGUCUGAAUUAGGCUGGGUUAAAUAAAAUACAUAAUAACAGAUAAAAAAAAAACUGGUAAAUUUGGUCAUGCUAAUCUUUCAACUUGAAUUAGCAUAAAAUAACAUCAUACAAGCUAACAGUUUCAAUUAGCAACUAAACCUGAAUGGAUUAGUCAAAGAGUUGGUAAACUAAUUAGGUUCAGAUUGUCUUUAUUACAAUAUCCCAGAUAAAAACUGUGUCCAAACUAGGAUGGAUUCAUCAAGAUUUGAUCAAACAGAUAAAUUAAGCUUCUGGGUAUGAUGAGACUAGCUAACGGUUUCAAUUAGUCACUAAAUUAAAUGAGUUUGGAUUCAUCAAAGAUAUGUGGGUAUAAAUCAGUCUAUUAAAUCAUUUCAGAUUAAAAUCAUGUCCAAAUUAAGAUGGUCUGAUUAGUAUAAUAUUCUUAAACCAGCUAUGGUAGUUGCCAUCAGUCACAGAGACUCUUGCUAACCACUAACUUGCGUACAUUUACAUUUAACUUGUCUAUUUAUUUAUGAAUAUACUAUAUUCCAGGAAACUAUAUGCAAACCAAACCGUUACGUUUAAUCAGGUCAAGAAUGGAUCAGCACCAGACAGCAUUUAAAAAAGCUAACAGUUAGCAUUGAAUUAAUUACAUUUAAAAUAUAGAAGAGAUGCUAAACAAGAUUAGGUUUUAAUUAACAUCUUAAUCAAUUUGUGUUGAUUUAUCUGUCAUUUAUAAUAUAUAAAUCAAAUGUUAAGAUUAUUUAUAGUACUAAUUGCUUGAAGUGACAAAUUUUUCUAGCAUUGCUAAUUUUAGCUACAGCUGAUAAAACUAAAUAAACUGAAUUUAUGGGAGAGUUACAGUAGAUUAACUCAGAUUAAAACGUUGUCCAAAUUAGAUAGGACUCAGUGGCAUCUGGAUAAGUAGAUAAAAUGUCUAAUUGUGUCACAAUACUUAUUUAAUCCAGAAAGAUUAGCCGAAUAGCUGGGUUAGCAUUUUAUCAAUUUAUCUUUAACAUUGUUUCAUACCUUUAGCUCCUGUUUUUUUUCACACAGUUUGAACAAAAAAAUGAAUCAAGAUGAAAAUUGGUCCGAAAUAAAAAAAAAAAACUGACGAUAAUAUUUGUUAUGAGGUUUAGAAACUUUAGUUAAAGUAUUUCCAUAUUUUGAAAUUGUGCUCAUUUCCUGAAAUUCCAUGAGAUCAAUUUAAAACACUGGAUUAUUUUGACAGAAAAACAACGUUUUGUAUUGAUGAAAUUAGAAGUUAAAUUUCACCUUUGGGUUGGUGUCUGUUGGGCCACAUCCCUGAGAUAAAAAAAAAAUACUUUUUUAGAAGAGGGCUUCUAAUGGAAAUGCUGGCAGCAAUAUGAAAAUGAGACGUUACAGCCAGUGUAGCUACAAAAUAUGAAUAAUAAAUAAACCGUGGCUGAAGAGUGAUAUGACUGUUGCCAUUUAGCAUCAUCCCCGUUUUCAUACCAGUGAUUUUUAGUAGAAUAUGAGAGGUGACAUAUUUUAGGUCUGUGUUAGAUUAAAGAGUAAAGUCCCAAAAGUACAGUAGCAUCAUCAACGACAAAACAUACUUUAAAUAAAUGUUAGGAGUUUAUUAUUUCUUUUCUGAGACAGAGACAUUUCCACUGCCUUCUAACUAAAAGAUGUGUACUUCUGUUAGUUUGUUUGUUGCUUGGCUGGUUUGUCUAUUUGUUUGUUUAUGGGGAAGUUGCAUAAAAAAAGGUUUAAAAAGAUGGAUUUAUUUAAAAAAAAUCAUCUAUGAAGAGAAUGUAUAUGUAUAUGAAAAGGAUUGUGAGAUAUUGAAAAUGAGAAAACUGCUUUAUUAGAGAUAGUCUAUCCCAAACAGUUUUAACAGAUUGAUUAUUUACAGAUUAUAUAGGCCUAAUGAGGUAUGAACGAUGAAUUCAACAAUUGCUAAAAUGAUAAAGAGUAAUGAAUAAAAGUAAUAAUGUUUGAAAA